GAUUCGGGCGUGAAGAGCCGAGGAAGGACGCCGCCCGGGACAGAAUCAGACAUGGUGACUUUCAGUGGCUUUCUCAUUUCCUUGCGCUGUUCACAGGAUUGCAGAUAGUCCUUGACCUACGACUGCAAUGGAGCCUAAAAUUUCUGUUCCUAGGUGUCUCCAGCCGAUCUCCCAGAGGCGAUUGCCGGGAUGGAUCCCCAGAUCUCGGCCAGAUUAAACUCCAGGAAGAGGAGGAAAGAAGGAGCGGGUUCCAACGGGGCCGCCCAGACAGACGGCAUCCCGUUGAAAGUGCCCCGCAACUGUAUAGGAUUGCGAGAGCCGGCUCCAUUUUCCGAUGAGCUGGAAGUGGACUACAGCAAGCCCUACACACGAGUCACGUUUGAAGAGGCAACGAGAGGAACGCCCUUGGACCGUCCCGUCAGGGUUUAUGCCGAUGGGAUUUUUGACCUGUUCCACUCCGGACACGCUCGGGCUCUGAUGCAGGCCAAAAGCCUGUUCCCCAAUACCUACCUCAUCGUUGGAGUCUGCAGCGACGAGCUGACGCACAGCUUGAAGGGCUUCACAGUGAUGAACGAAGCCGAGCGCUACGACGCCGUCCAGCACUGCCGCUACGUGGACGAGGUGGUGAGGAACGCGCCCUGGACGCUCAGCCCGGAGUUCCUGGCGGAGCACAGGAUCGACUUUGUCGCCCACGAUGACAUCCCCUACUCUUCGGCCGGCAGCGACGACGUCUACAAACACAUAAAAGAAGCAGGUGAGUGGGCGGCCCUGGAAUAGCCCACUAGCUCUCCCUCCUCUUCUCCCCCUCCAGCUGCUCUGGCCUGAGAGAGCUGGCUGAAGGAACCUGUUGGGCUUCUGCCUGAUUCGGGAGUCAGGUGAGCUGCCGGGAGCAGCCUGCUCCUGGGCUGAA